AAAAAAUAAUCGAGAGAACGAAGACCAGUUGUUCUUGUUUUUCUUUCUUCGUCUUCUCUAUUUGUUACUCUCUCUCUAGACUUUCAUCGUCUUUUCGUCGGCGUCAAACCCACCAACGACAGCAACAUUCCUUCUCAUACUUAUCUCCACCAUUAUAGCAAUCAUCUUUUUACACUUGUGUAAUUUUCAUCGCAAUCGCGAAUUGGAAAAAGAACAAGCAAAACCCUAUUCACAAUCUGUCUAAGUUUGACAGUUAAUGCAUGCUGAAGAAGGGGUAAGGAGAGUUUGGAAAAAUGUUGGAGGCUCCGAAGUUUACAGGCAUGAUGGGCCUAAACAACGGCCAUGAUAAUUUUAUCGAUCUAUCACAAGGGUUCUAUCAUAAGCUUGGUGAGGGAUCAAACAUGUCGAUCGACAGUUUUAACAGUUUACAGAUGAGCAAUGGUGGAGGAUCAGUUGCAAUGUCUCUUGAUAACAGUAGUGUUGGAUCGAAUGAAUCUCACACACGCAUAUUAAAUCACCAAGGUCUCAAACGUAACAAGAAUUAUACUGAUGCUCAGAGUGUGAAUAGAGGAAGGGUCUCUCAGGGCUUAAGUGAUGACGCUUUGGCUCGAGCUCUAUUGGAUGCUCGUUUUCCUACUGAUGGGCUCGAGAAUUUUGACGAAUGGACAAUUGAUCUGAGGAAACUUAGCAUGGGACCUGCUUUUGCACAAGGUGCUUUUGGGAAGCUGUAUAAAGGUACAUACAAUGGUGAGGAUGUUGCUAUCAAGCUUCUUGAAAAACCAGAAAAUGACAUAGACAGGGCACAGCUCAUGGAGCAACAGUUCCAGCAGGAAGUCAUGAUGCUUGCGAGAUUAAAGCACCCAAAUAUAGUUAGGUUCAUUGGUGCAUGCCGGAAGCCCAUGGUAUGGUGUAUUGUGACGGAAUAUGCAAAGGGUGGUUCGGUUCGGCAGUUUUUGACUAAGCGGCAGAACAGAUCCGUACCUUUGAAAUUAGCAGUGAAGCAGGCCCUGGAUGUUGCGAGGGGGAUGGAAUAUGUACAUGCGCUUGGAUUGAUUCAUAGGGACUUGAAGUCGGACAAUCUUCUAAUUUCGGCUGACAAAUCAAUCAAGAUUGCCGACUUUGGAGUUGCUCGAAUUGAGGUGCAGACUGAAGGAAUGACACCAGAGACAGGGACCUAUCGCUGGAUGGCUCCGGAGAUGAUCCAGCACAGGCCAUACACACAGAAAGUAGAUGUUUAUAGCUUCGGGAUUGUCCUGUGGGAGCUCAUCACGGGAAUGCUUCCAUUUCAAAACAUGACAGCCGUGCAGGCUGCAUUUGCUGUUGUGAAUAAAGGCGUCCGUCCAACAAUUCCAAACGACUGCCUUCCAGUACUUGGUGAAAUUAUGGUACGUUGCUGGGAUGGAAAUUCUGAUGUGAGGCCCCCAUUCACGGAGGUUGUGAGAAUGCUGGAACAUGCCGAGACGGAGAUUAUGACGACCGUUCGAAAGGCUCGUUUCAGGUGCUGCAUCAGUCAACCCAUGACAACUGAUUGAUGAACAUAAGAAGAAAGAAAAAGGGUAAAGAAAAAAAUCAAAGAGGUGAUUUUAUGUCAUCUAUGUGUAUGUAUUUCUUUCUUUCUUUCAGAUAGGGUGAAAAAAGGAAGAAAAUAAUGAUAUGAACUACUCCUACUUGUUUUUAUGGAUUUUAUUUUUAUUUUUUGUUGUUGAAUAUCUAUGGAUUGUGUGGCUGAAUUAGUUGUAAUGGAGAAGAUUUGUGUUGUAUUUAUAUAAAUCAUGUUUAUUGUUUAAUGUCAAAAAAAAAAACUACCCUUUUCU